GUAGGAAAGGUAAGUAAUGUCAUGAUGUAUAAACACACUUAAUAAUGACAUUGAGAGGAAGUGGGGGGAGAAAAGAGUGGUCAUGUCAAGAUGCAGGUAGGAAAGGUAUGUAAUGUCAUGAUGUAUAAACACACUUAAUAAUGACAUUGAGAGGAAGUGGGGGGGAGAAAAGAGUGGUCAUGUGGGGGGAAAAGCACACUGCGAAUUCUUGCGCGAGGCGUAUGCGCAAACUGCGUACUAUUGUUGCGCCAGGCGUAUGCGGACACUGCGUAUUCUUGCGCGAGGCGUAUGCGCACACU